AUGCCUCGUGUUAGUUUCGGUAACCAUGCCUCAAUUAUCACUCUGUAUAAACUUGGAAUGUCUCAAAGAAAAAUAUCAUUAUGUGUUGGAAUUUCCAAGUCUACAGUUCAGAGAACUAUUAAAAGAUAUUCUACAUGUUCCAUAAUUCAGGAUAAACCUAAAUCUGGAAGACCCAAGAAGUUAUCUAAAAGAAAUGAACGAAAUAUUGUUUAUCGAUCAAAAAUGGAUCCUUCUAAAACAGCCAAUCAAAUUAGAUCUGAUCUCAAUUUGUCAUUAUCCGUUUCUGUAGAUACGAUUAAACGAUGUUUAAGGUCCAAUAAUCUUCAUGGUAGAAUAAUGAUGAAUGUCGAAUUAUGUUAUUUCCAAAUGUUAGAAGAUAUGUUAGAAGACCAGAAAAAUGUAGAAAUGAGAAAAAAUAUUCAUCAGAAACUGUAA